UAAGUCGGCCCGGUGAGUCAAACAAUGAAGAAUGAACUUUCCACACUACAUUUUCUCCGAAAACUCCAAAGUCAACUUUCUCCUAUCAAAGAGCAACACGCAAUUGCUAAAGAAAAUCCAGGCAACCCCGACAACCAGAUUUAGCAUUCAAAGUUCAAUGAGAAAUGCUUGUCCUAAGCUCAGUAGGCUGUCUGUGGAUUCGUGGGUUUUGAGGGUCCUCUGCGAAACAUGGCCAAGAUGGGUACUUCUUCCAGGGUAGCAGCAGCCAUUGUUGUAGUGUUGGGUAUUGUUUUGAGCUUGGCAGUGGUGUGUAAUGGAGGCAAAACAAGUAGUUUCGUGAGGAAAGUGGAGAAAGCUGUGGACAUGCCUCUUGACAGUGAUGUCUUUAAAGUCCCUCCUGGCUAUAAUGCACCUCAACAAGUACAUAUAACACAAGGAGACCAGCUGGGAAAAGCAGUGAUUGUGUCAUGGGUCACGGUGGAGGAACCAGGUUCCAAUACAGUGCUUUACUGGAGCGCAUACAGCAAGAAACAGAAAUCUGAGGGCAAAGUUACAACCUAUAAAUUCUACAAUUACACUUCUGGUUACAUUCAUCACACGACCAUCAGAAAUUUAAAGUUCAAUACCAAAUACUACUAUGUGGUUGGAAUUGGCCACACUGAGCGGCAGUUUUGGUUUAUAACUCCUCCUGAAGUUGGGCCAGACGUCCCUUACACAUUUGGUCUCAUAGGGGAUCUGGGUCAGAGCUUUGAUUCCAAUAAGACGCUUACUCAUUACGAGUUAAACCCACAGAAAGGACAAGCAGUAUUGUUUGUUGGGGACCUCUCUUAUGCAGAUAUCCACCCAAAUCAUGAUAAUGUCAGGUGGGAUACAUGGGGAAGAUUCACCGAGAGAAGUGUUGCGUAUCAACCCUGGAUAUGGACUGCAGGGAAUCAUGAAAUUGAUUUUGCCCCAGAACUUGGUGAAACCAAACCUUUUAAGCCUUACACUCACCGAUAUCAUGUCCCAUAUAAAGCAUCACAGAGUACUGCUCCCUUUUGGUACUCAGUCAAGAGAGCUUCAGCAUACAUCAUAGUCUUGUCUUCUUAUUCAGCAUAUGGUAAAUACACUCCUCAGAACCAAUGGCUUGGGCAGGAGCUACCAAAGGUUAACAGAAGUGAGACACCAUGGUUGAUUGUUUUAAUGCAUUCACCAUGGUAUAAUAGUUACAACUAUCACUAUAUGGAAGGCGAAACCAUGAGAGUGAUGUAUGAGACAUGGUUUGUGAAGUACAAGGUUGACGUGGUAUUUGCUGGUCAUGUCCAUGCCUAUGAACGAACUGAACGCAUAUCCAAUGUUGCAUACAACAUUGUAAAUGGUAUUUGCAUUCCCGUGAAAGAUCAAUCCGCACCGGUCUACAUUACCAUUGGUGAUGGAGGAAAUCUUGAAGGCUUAGCAACCAAUAUGACAGAACCCCAGCCGGCUUACUCAGCUUAUAGAGAGGCCAGUUUUGGUCAUGCUACUUUCAACAUCAAGAACCGAACCCAUGCAUACUAUGGUUGGCACCGGAAUCAAGAUGGAUAUGCAGUAACAGCUGAUUCUAUGUGGUUUUUCAACAGAUACUAUCAUCCUGUUGAUGAUUCCACAAGUGCCCAAUAAUUAGAAGACGUUAUGUUGCUAUUGUUCUCUUGAAUAAGCACCCAAAUGUAUCAGCCAAUAAAAGAUUCAAUAGUUUAUACCUUCCCCCAACUCUUACAAAUUUGAAUCUCA